AUGGGAUCCAAGUGGUCCAACAAGACUGUGAAAAAGUCUUUGCAGAUGGGAUUUGCUUGUGACAGCACGGGCUACGACCUGACGCUGGAGGGGGCCUUCCCAUUGCCAUCGUUCAAAACACUGAGGCGGAGACUUGAAGGCAGCUCCUGCAGUGCAGAAGACGUUGCUGCCGAAGUGAAGACUCUGAUCGAGCGGUGGCAUAGUGUUGGGCUUCAGGUUGUGGCCGUCACGAGCGACAUGGGAAGCAGCAACCGCGCGAUGUGGAAACUGUUCGGUGUAAACGCUGGCAGGAACAGCAGAGUCGUCAACUUGAUUCCCCACCCACAAGUGCCUGGGCAGCAGAUUGCUUUCCUGGCUGAUGUUCCUCACUCUAUCAAGAAUUUGAAUGGGCAUCUUGGGCGUGGUCCGACGAUAACAAUGCCAUCAGACGUUGUAGCCGCUAACGGGCUGACGUGUUCAACUGUGUCACUCGAGCCGGUUCGUCAGUUUGUCGAGUUCCAGAGGAACCUCACCUUCAAGUUGGCCCACGAGCUGCGUCCCGAGCUUCUGGACCUAAACCAUUUCGAGAAGAUGAUGGUGAGCGCUGCCCUGCGGGUGAAGAGUCACUCAACGGCCACCGCCCUUCGCUUCCUGGUGGAGAACCAUGGAUGGAGCGAGGAAUUUCUCAACACGGCCUGA